UUUUUUAUUCCUUCCAGACUGUAAAUAGAAAGCAGGGAGUCAAGAUGGUGAUGGAAGCAUCCGAGAUGAUAGUAGACUACUUGGUGUUUAUUACAGUAAUCGUAAUAUCGUUUGUGGUGCCACUGUGGGGAAAAUUUCGGGCGAAAAAAAAGGAAACCAAAGCGAGUUAUGUUUUUGCGACGGGGAGUGUGUCAAUGGGUGCAAUGAUGUUAUCGAUAGCACGUGGUACACUCGGUGUGAGGUCUUUUCUUGGGUAUCCGUCAGAACUGUACUAUCACGGCAGCGCCAUGUGGGAAACUCUCUACGGCAUGCUGCUGGCGUAUCCGAUUGUAUGUUUUAUCUUUGUUCCUGUUUAUUACAGUCUUGGUAUAACAUCUGUUUAUCAGUACUUAGAUAUGAGAUUUCACUCAAAAUUAGUCCGAUGUCUUGCCAGUUUUUCUUACGUGCUACGAAGUCUUUUGACACUGGCUGUUGUUAUUUUCACGCCUUGUGUUGCACUAAACACCGUGAUCGGUCUUCCUUACUGGGCUAGUAUCGUUGGAAUGACCACCAUCUCUGUCGUCUUUUCAUCACUAGGUGGAUUAUCAGCAGCUAUUCUGUCGGACGUAAUUCAAGGAGUGACGAUGAUUGGUGUGUCUAUUGUAAUUAUUGUGCAAGGUGUGAUUGACGUCGGAGGACCGAGCACCGUUUUCAAUGUCACUCAUUCACGUGGCCGCCUUGACUUUUUGGACUUCAAUACCGAUCCAACUGUUCGGGUCACGACAAUAUCGGCAACGUUGGGUCAACUAUUUAUGAGCUUGUCCAUUUUUGGUUGCCAACAAAAUUUCGUUCAGCGCUACUGCAGCAUGAGCAGUAAAAGCAAAGUCAAUAAGUAAGUUUAUGGGUUUCUUGU